AACUAAAUUGCACUGGAACACUAAUUACAGAACAUUAAUUAUAUGCCGUGCAGUAUUGAGUAAAGCAAAAUCAUAAACAUUUAGUUCGAUGUUGGCAUUUUCGCUUUGUCAAUAACAUAUACAGUCAUGUAUAAUUAUACAAUUAUGAAAAAUGUUUGAUAAUAACUAUCAUAUAGAGCACCUAAUACUGUACUGUGAUAGAGUAGCUUUAAUACAAUAUACAAUUUAGAGUGAGCCACUGGUGGAAAUUCAACAUUGUCAUGGCAAGGAUAAUUUAAUCCACGGAGCAGCUAAUGGUUGACGAAUCUAUAUUUAUGUAAACUAUUACUAUACUGAGUGCUCACUAACCUCUGAAAAUGUUUGUUUCUAACAGAAAUGGAAGUAUCAUAGUAGAUUUUGUAAUAAUGUUUGAUAUGGAAUCUCGCAUUACGACUAAACAAGUCACCGACAUAAUCAAUGCUACAAUAGAUCACUGUAGUAACGAGGCAAACUGUUACAAUAUGACUUUCUCGGCGAUAGAAACAUUCACGAUGUGCGGUGCAUAUUUCUGCAAUAAUAAAACAACAACGGCAUGCCGCAAUAUUGGAAAUGGAGUGACACAUUGUCAAUGUAAUGAGGGACUUGGAAGAUACAGCAAUACUAGCAACAAUUGCAUUGCAUGUCCAAAUAUCCUGGAAGGCGACAUAUGUGAAGGAUGUCCGUUUGGCUAUAGUGGUCAAGACUGCAAAGAUUUUUAUGUGCUGAUAUUGCUGAUACUGGGUAUCCUCACUGGUGUCGUGAUUAUUAUCACCGCUGCCAUAACGGCAAGGGCCAUCUAUUACAGAAAACGCCUAUCCAAGGGGCAGAAAAAUAAAAAUAUGCUGGAGCUCAGUGACUAUAUGGAGUACAAUCAAUCGAAGGGCUCACGAAAUGGAAUAUCAGGAUUCUCGAAUGAGCUGUGCUCCAAGGAGGACGCCUACCUUCCUUUUGUCUUCACACCAGUUGCCCUGAGCGAGCCCCUGAAGCGCAUCCCCAGGAUCCAGCUGAAGGACUCUUCAGUGGGCACAAAUUCAACAUCGGCAUCUCCCGUGCCUGAUAUUAGCAAGGUACCACAGAACAAGGGUGAAAGAGAUGACGUGGCAUCCAUCUACACGCCCGAUGGAUCGUCCACCUACUAUUAGGCUAAUGGCAGCAAUUCAGCAGCAUCGGGCAAGAAUUCCAAGUUCUGCUUUAACGGGUGAUAAAAAAAAUCACAAAUUUCAGAGGCAAACUGGCACUGUCCAAAGACAAUUCUGGAUAAACAAAAAUAGCCCUGAUAAUCUAUGUAACUCAAUUGUUGUCGUUGCAAAUUGAAACAGCAACUUCUCGUUUGCUAAACACAACAUAUCUCAAGUUCAGGUAAAGGUGAAUAACGUUUUAAAACAUUAAAUGCAGUACAAAACAAUACGUGGCCAGAAUUAUUCACGCAGUGAGCAGUUUGACGUGGCACAGCCACCCAAACAAAUAGGAGACAAUCUUACUACAGUACAACAUAAAACAUCUCAUUCUGAACUACAACCCUUUAUCGACAUUCAUCUAAAAAACUAUAUGAAACAGAAAACAUUUGUCGAAACAUUCCUUAUUUUUGCUCUAUUUCAAAUUCAGCACAAACAUUGUACUGCACUUUGUUUUUGCGACAAGAGUAGUGAGUGAAAAGUAACUGGUUAAUUUUAAGUACAGUGAAACAUGACUGAACUCCUGCAUUAAGGGAAUCUUCUGCUGCCUCGUCCGAGUGAUCCAUUGCCCCUCCAUGCACGUGAGAGGACUCGACUACGUAGUUACCAAAGAGGCUUUUAUUGCAGCCAAUAACGACGCAUAUGCAUAGAGUGAGGGGAAAAAAGUAUUUUUUUGUUAUUCUGUCUCACUGUUCAAAUAAACCUACCAUUAAAAUUAUAGACUUAUAAUUUCUUUGCCAGUGGGAAAACGUACAAAAUCAGCAGGGGAUCAAAUACUUUUUCCCUCACUGUAUGCAUAUGGGUUCCCGAUAUGCUGGACUUUAUCCAUUAUGUACCCAUCCCAACGUGCCUUCUCGAACCUUCUCAACGGAUUCUUACCCCUUAACCAAAUUUAACCCCGGAUUCCCCCAAUGGGUCUCUAACCAACCCUCCCCUUUGUGCUUGCAAUUUCCUGGGCUUUGAACCAUUCAAACCACUCCACCAAAUCAGCGCAUCCCCUCGCGCUUCACAAAUCCAGUUCGCAUACUUGCUCGCUUCCACACGGUGUUCGGCCAAAGGCUUCGUCGGUGUGUGCUGGACGCAACUGUUGUACAUGCACACAUCUCCACCCCGAGAGCAUCGUUCGGUCAUGCAUGCAUGUCAAAAUCGCGACGUGACCAGUGCAAUCGAAAUGAAAACGCACACAAACGUGGAUAAAUCCUCUUGUUAACACACACACACGUGACGCACGAAGAGCACGUACAUUUCUUACGCACAGUGAUUCCAUGCUCAACUUUGAAGAAGGCUGAAGUACAAGCCAGUCACGCCUGGUUUUUGGUCCUGAGGAGCCAGUGGGGGUGGGGAAUUAAUAAUAAAGUAAUACCCCGAUUUACAUCUCUCCCUUUUACAUCGUUUCACAAAUACAUCAUCACUUAAUGAAUACCGCGACCUGAUUUGCGUCGCCUUGACCCACACGUCGCCGACAGUAUCAUCCGUCUGCCCUAGUAUCCGUCAACUUUGCCCCCACUCACCCUGUAAAUUGCUUUGAUUUACGUCGUUUCGAUAUUCGUCAUGACACCUUUCAGGAACGCAUCCUCCGACGUAACUCGUGGUAUGAACUGUACUUAACUGCACAUUAACAAGUUUAUAAAGCAAGUGUCAAUUCACGCUUCACACGACACUAAUGUACAAUUUUGCAAAGGCACCUGCUCAUAACUGAUACUAAAUAUGGUACUCCCCGAUGAACAAGUGGGAGCACUGUACAAGAUUGCUCCGAAAGCACACCUGUCAACCCCUUAUCAGUGCCAUACCUUAUUAUGGACCAAUUUAGACCUUAUUGGUCACCCCAUUCCCUUAUAAAUCUCAACGUUCAUCCUACAAAGUCCUAUCACAAGGGAGAAACACAAAUAGACGCUUUUAUGCCCGUAAUGAAACGGCCGUAUGCCAUGUGGGCCCGAAAACUCAAUUUCCCUGUACAAGAAUACGGGUGAACCGUAUGGGUUUACAUGGUAUGCGAAAGGAGCAGCUCCAACCACCUGCAGUGAAGCCAUUGAACUGCGCUCCACAUUAACGUGGCAGUUCGGGAGCACCUUGCGCAUUAUUGGGUUUGGUCUGGACAAUGCAGUAGGCCGGCGAUGCUGGGGCCCAGCUGUGCCCUUCUGUCCAUGCGCUUGUCAAUUACGAUACCCAUCUUCACCAUCGCUCUCGAACUUCUCUGCCCCAACAAUAUAUUGGCCCACCGACUGCUGCUCGUUCUCAUUGCCAUCUGAAUUUAACGUGUGAAAAGCACGUUUUAUUUAAUUAACAUUUUCUGAUUGAUGUGAUCAGCAACGUAAUUACUCUUUUGGUUCUUUCGGUAAAGUCACGUAGAAAGAAAUUAAAUAAUAGAAUACGACGUUUCGAUUGCAACACAA